AUGGUCGGAUCUUUCGAAGAGCCGUCGCGCGAGGCGCAUGGAACAGACGGCAUGGUGUACUUGAACGAAGAUGGCUUUUUUACGCAGACCAAGCCGGCCGAACCUGCUUGGCCAGCUUCGGCGCCCAGCAACGACUCGGCGUCGGAGGCCGACGAGCCUCAUGUCGUGGCAACGGAACGAGUCCGCUCUCGCCACCGACCGACCUCGGCGUUUGUGUAUGGUGAGGCGGAAGAGUCCGAUGAGGAGGCACGGGACGGCGGACAUGGUGGUCUUGCGGGUGUCUUUAGCGAUCAGGGAUCGGACAGCGACGAUGAGGGCGAUCAGGACUCGGACGCGGAUGGCGACUUGUCGAGUCUCCUCGACGACGAGAGUGAUGAGGACGCCGAUGUGAAGGACGAGGCGGCGCGUCAGCGGUACCUGCAGCAUCGCGAUGAGGACGAUGCUGCAAUGCAAGCCCUCCAUGAACGCGCGACCAAGGGUCUCUUGCGACACCGCCGGCGUGGCAAAAACGAUUUACUGGCAGAGCUACUCGACGAAGAUGCUGAUGAAGAUGAACUCCGCCGCCGGCUGCAAGCGCCGCAGUUCCGAAAGAGCCAACGACGCCAAGUCGAGGGCGACGGCCUCGAUGCUCUGGCUGCGCGCGACGAUGCGCAGGCCUUUGUGCGCAUGUACUCAGAGACGCACGACGCUACGGAUGAGCAUGCCAAAUACGACUUUUUGGACGUGGGCGAUGAAAGCUCCGAGGACGAGCGCGUAUCUGCACAUACUGUGCGCGCAGAGAUUCUGCGCCGACAGAGUGAACGUGCACUCUCGCCAGCAGCGUCCGAACCGUCGCUGGACGACGACGAUGACACUGGUCACAUUAAAUUGAGGGCGCGUCGUCCGUCGGUGCCGCCCAAGCGCGCCGCGCAGAAUUCAGACGACGAGACAUCACAUUACUCUCGUGUCCUUUUCCAGUCGGGCAAGGUAGACGUGGCACAACUGCCGCGCGAUGUCCAAGAAAAGCGCGCGCGCCUCUUGGACGAAUACAGUCACGAACCCACCUGGCAGCAGGGGCGCGGCGGCCGCAGCGGAAUCGAUCGUCGGCGCAGCGGACCCAGCAAGCGCUCCACCUCAGCACCCACACCUCGCGUGCUCGAGCCAGUGACCUCGGCGCCGUCCGUCCUCGUGCCGCAUGUGCUGCGACGCGAGGCGCACUUCCCAUAG